CCGCCGCUCUCGUCAGUCAGUCGGCGAUCGGCGCUCGUGCUGUUGGUUUCGUACGCUUCGGUGACUCCAAAUCUGCUACAUCGAUCGCGAUCGCUACCCGUCGUACGCGCGUUCGUGCGAAUCUUUCAAAGUGUCGCCGAGUGUCUCGCAUUUGUAAAUUUUUCGUCCGAAAGUUCUGUCCCGCUUUGUACUCGUUAUUUGCCUUUUAUCCUCGGGGUGAUCGUAUCGAGGGGUUUGAUAGAUCCUUCGCUGCUUCCUAUCGUGAUACGGAUCGAUUAUCUUAUCGCGGCCCGACGAGAGACGAGAAGAGGAGAAGGUGUAGUAGAUCGCCUUGUGGGAUUAUCGCGAAUAUUACGCGAUCGUUACGACCAGCCGAUAUAAUGAAGUCGAAGACGAGCGAGAAUUUUAUUGCGAGUGAAAGUAACGGGGUCAAGAGGGACCAGCAACUGAAGCAGAAACAGCUCAAGAGUGGUAAAACAUUCUGUCAGUCUUGCAAGAAGAAGUGCAGCGGGGAGGUGCUACGAGUGCAGGACAAGUAUUUCCACAUAGGUUGUUUCAAGUGUGCUCAGUGCAACGCGAGCUUGGCACAGGGUGGCUUUUUCGCGCGCGAGGGCUCUUACUACUGCACGAAGGAUUACAGAGAACGCUGGGGGACAAAGUGCGCAGGUUGCGGAGAAUACGUGGAAGGCGACGUGGUCACCGCAGGGGACAAGCACGCUUUCCAUCCGAAUUGUUUCCAUUGCCAGCGGUGUAGGCAACCGUUACUCGGCCAAGGGACCAAGGUGUCCCUCGUUCAAGGUCAAGCUCUGUGUCAUCGAUGCGUCGGUAUCCCGGUUCGAGAGGCCUCGACGCCGGUCGGCAAUAGCUCCGCUACCAGAGGAUCCGGAGACGGGCCCUCCGACCCCGGUGCCUGCGCUGGUUGCGGAAACCAAUUACGGGAAGGUCAAGCUUUGGUCGCUCUCGAUCGACAGUGGCACGUAUGGUGCUUCAAGUGUCACACCUGUGACACCGUACUUCACGGAGAAUACAUGGGAAAAGAUGGAGUGCCUUACUGCGAGAAGGAUUAUCAGAAGCAGUUCGGCGUGAAAUGCGCCUACUGCAACCGUUACAUCAGCGGAAAGGUGUUACAGGCCGGAGACAAUCAUCACUUCCAUCCGACCUGUGCUCGUUGCACCAAGUGUGGCGAUCCUUUCGGCGAUGGAGAGGAAAUGUAUUUGCAGGGUGCAGCCAUAUGGCAUCCCCGUUGCGGUCCGGGUCCUAGCGGUCCGAACGGUAUCGUGAAUGGUCACGGCGAAGCUCACACGCCGCAGCAUCGAGAGUCGGAACGGAUUUCCAGCAGCGCUUCGGAGAUGCAGUUUUCAUUGCGGUCACGCACGCCAAGCCUGAACGGAUCACUCUGCAGCCCUUACAGCAGCCUCAGUCGCAAGUAUUACCCUGCGCGAACUGGCAGUCCUGGACUGAUAUUGCGAGAGUACGGACGUGGUCCAUCCGAAGACGUGUCUAGGAUUUAUACUUAUUCGUACUUGACCGAAACGCCGAGCCAAGGGUACUUGAGACGUCCGAUACAGCCGUACGACAAACCACCGACUAGCCCACACUUUCAUAGACCUAGCUCGUCACGUUCGAUAAGAAGCAGUGGCGGACGCAGCAGCCGAUCUGGAAUGCGCGCUCUGGUCGAUGCUCUCAGCGAGACCAGGCCCAAGUCACCGGCCAGUCAAGUAGAUAAUGACGAGCCAAUAGAGCUAGCGCAUUAUCCGGACGCCAUGAAACCUCCUCCUGGAACCAAACCGCCGAUCGAAAGAGACGAUUUCCCUGCCCCACCUUAUCCCUAUACAGAUCCUGAGAGACGUAGGCGAUGGUCUGACACUUACAAGGGUGUACCUGCAUCGGACGACGAGGACGAGGUGGACAACAAGACGUAUAUAAAAGAGGUGGAGGAGAAGCUAAAGAAAGAACAGGACGAGCUAAGUAAAAUCGACACUGGAAUAGCGAAGGUGUUCUUGCAAGAUCGUGAAAAGGAUCGGGAAAAUUUGAGACACAAGGCCGCGAACGUCGAUCCAAGAAACGCAUCGAGAACUCCAUCGGCUGCCAGAGAACCGACUUACAGAUUGCGAUACGAGAGUCCGGUUGGCGCUUCGCCAUCGAGAAAUAUAGAUCACGCCCGACCGUGGGAAGACGACGAUGGUUUCAGUUACAGAUCGAGCGUAGGACCCAGCUAUAACGUUGGGAGGUCAUCGGCACGUUCCCCGGCUCCCAGAAACUAUCCACCCCUUGGUACUCAACGCGCCUUCACUCUUCCAAACGCCGCUAGGCACUAUCAUUCGGUGAUUGUGAGCUCCCUUCGGCACAUCCCGAAGCCAGGGUACGGUCUGGCACCGCGAAGUCACACCUUCUCCUCGACCGGCGGUUCUGUAUCUGCUCUCCCUGGUGAUUAUUCGUUCAGUGGGAUGGGAGACAAGACGCACAGCACUGAUUUCUCGUCUGGCAAAUCAGAUAUAUCGACAGGCAGCAUCACGGAUGUGGAUCGACGGGCAUUGAAUGAUGGUGGAAUGCUGCCAUCAUCUACCACGUAUACAGGUGGCCUAGGUUCGGUAGUCGGAAGUCACGGGGGCCAUCACGUAAGGAGAUCACUGCCAGAUAUGGGAACAGCGCCGUCCGAACCGCCGAAACUCUACCCUUACCACUUGCUCGUCAUCACCAACUACAGGCUGCCCGCUGAUGUGGAUCGUUGCAAUCUCGAACGGCACCUUUCUGACGCGGAAUUCGAGGCAGUUCUUCAAUUUACUCGUGCCGAGUUCUAUAGACUACCGCAAUGGCGUCGUAACGAAAUUAAAAGACGAGCCCGGCUGUUUUAACCGGCAACGACCACGCUACGUGUUCUACUUAUUACCUUCAUCGUGUCACGACUGUGUUAUCGUGUUAUAGAGUGUACAUUCCUUCAGCGUGAUAGGUGUAUAACGAGAGAGAAGAAAAUGAGGAACACAUGUUCGGGAACCAACGAUCCGUACUGGUCUUCGAUCACGAACAUCGAUAUCGAAUCAUCGUCAUCGUCGUGGAUGAAAAACGAUCGAGAGAAUCUCGAUCGUAUCCUCAUACACUCGCAAAGAAACGUAUAGAUGCAUACACACGCGUAUAAACAUGUGUUCGUCGUUCACACAAUGACGCAAACUCACGAGUCAACUCUGUCAAAUAGACACAAAGGAGCGCACUACAAUUCGAUGUCAAUUUUGUUCUCUCAGCAACGAAUCCACAGGCAGCUUGACUCUGAUCAUUGACAAACUACUUCAUCACCCUGUGACUUCGGUGCUUCUUUCGGGACAAUCUUCGCUGUUCAUAAGAAUAAGGGAGAAAAAUAUGUUUAUCCGUUUCUGUGCUUAAGAAAAACAAACCUGCCGUAAAUAUAAGUCGAAGACGAAACGGAGAAUGGAAACAAGUUGAAACCUUCAAACGCUUGAUCCGACAUUAUUAACGAAGGAAGGUCGUACAUCGACUACUACUGUUAUCGAUGAUCGUUUCAGAGGGAACGAUUUGAGAAAGAGGAAGCUGUCAUCCUGUAUCUAACAUGUACACUUUCAUGGCCAUGAAUUUCACGGUUUGAAAAGUGAAAACGGUAGAUGGGUAAUAAUUUUAGCGAAGUAGCUGAAUAUAAGGGUGACAAACAUCGUCCGAGGUUUUAUCAUUUAACAGGAACAUCGUCUUGUAACUUAGAGUUUUUCCCACGAAUGUCAACGUAUAAAAUAGCGCGGCGGGAAGAUGUGCAAGAUUUAAAGCGAAUAAAAGCCGGAGAAAUGGUAACACUAUGUAGCUGACAUACAUGCGUUGUUGUAAAUAAACGAACGAACCAGAAAGGAUGAAAGAAGCAACGGAAGUACGAGGAAGUAUAUAUAUAUAUACAUGCUUAUAUAUGUGUGUGUAUAUAUAUAUACGUUCACAUACGUAUAUACACCAUUUUGAGAAUUCGCUUGAAUCACAGAACACAUUUACUAUUUGCAAAAGGUUAUAACACAAACGCGCUGCCUGCUAUCAUAGGAGCUAUCACUAUUAUUAUUAUUAUUAUAAUUAUUAUUAUUAAUUUUUAACUAUUAUUAUUAUUAUAUUUUACUAUAAGCAACAUGAAAAAUUUAAGAUACAUAUAAGUAGAUAGGAAGUUCAGCUUGCCGGAUGACGUAAUUAUCAACGUAUUUAAAUAUUAUCGUCAAUUUUGCAUGUUGUUUCACUAUUUCAACACGUGCGCGCAGACGACGUAUCUGUUGGCAAACUACUCUACGUAGGUAUAAGAUUUUCCUUAACUCGAUUUCCCUCGACUUGUAUCGACGAUACACGAAAAAGCGUUCUGUGGUGCGGGCAGUUACGAGAUGCAUAUCGCGAACGUAUCUAUGCGUAUUCGAAUAAACGAAAAUUAUGGAGAAACGGGAAGAUAAAAAAGGGGAAAAAGAAAUAACAUUUAUCGCAGCCAGUUGUUCUACCUUAUGCGACUAUGUCAGGCGGCAAGCUGAAGACGCGAAAGAAAAGGUGUGCGUACGUUGAAAUGCAACUAUUAAAUUUGAUCCAACGGGAUACAAAUUCUCGUACGAUUUCGUGAAGCGUAACGUAUAUCAAAACCGAUCGCAACUUUGCGACGUAAUGAAAAACGUAAGAAAAAAAAAAAAAAGAAGAAAUAACGAUGGGGUGCGUUUUCGAUCUGGCGGGAAAAACAUACACGCGGAGAUGUGCGUCCUUCGAACGAGCUGAAAAUUACAUUUUAUUCUACAUUUCGUCUCGCCCUGAGUCAUACGUGCCUAUAUAUAUAUAUAUAUAUAUAAAUCGGCGGAGAUUUCUGAACACGUGAAGUCGUGAGAGAGCGCUUUCGACAAAGUACGCGUUGCGUACGUUCGUGAAAUUUCUUGCAGUGUUUUUCUCACGGCUUCGUUACGAGAAGAUGGGAACGUGCUCCAUGAUCUUGUGCAAUGCGACUUUGCGAACUCAUCGGACGAAGAGAAAAUAAAAAAAACAAAAAAUUUCAGGAGAAAAGUAAUCAUGUACUCUGCAUGAAAGGAUAUAUCAUUUGUGCGUAUAUUUAUCAGAGCAAACGAAAAGGGACAGGAACAGAGAGUUCUCUUAUUCGCGUGAUAUCGUUUCUCGUUUCCUAAUUAGUCCGCUUUUGUACACACUUUCAGAAUCAAUAAACUGCGAUAUUCCUCUUUUAUUUGCAAUGUUUUAUCGAUAGAAGCCAAAUUUCGAUCGUUGCUCGAGGUUACUUUUGUUUUUUUCGUCGAUCGUGUAUCAUUUUUUACGUUUUUUCAUCCCGUUUUCUUUCCUACGUCUCGCUUCUGUUUACUUUCUUUCUAUUUUCUUCGUCCUACCGCGUUCUUCCGGCUCGUUUUUAAUCGAACAAGAGUCACGCGUUAAUGAUAUAUUUUAAUUUAGUGAUCGCUGUCGGAUCAUGGUGCACCGUGUCGUAUAUUACCGUGCAAUGCGAACCAAUGUAUAUUUCUGUUGUAUAGAGCACAUUGCUUCCGCUAGUCCCUCAAGUUAAACGAACGCAAACCUACACCUAGUAUUCGCGCGUCUCUUCGCAUUCUCAUCGAUGCAUUCAACGACGCGAUCGAACCUUUGCUCGUAUCACUUGCGUACUUUCCACGUCUCGUCGUUGUCAAAGCGAUGCGUUACAAACAUGUGUGGUUAUCGAUCCGUUAUUGUACAAGAUUUUCUUCGAACGAUUCUUUUUUCUCGAAAACUUUUACUCCUACUUUUUAUUAAAAACCGCAUGGAAAAUUAUACAUUACGAUAUAUCAUAUAAACGAUUCGUCGUUCGCACUUUGGUUCCUAGUAAUUUCUUCGCCUUACAUAAUACACUUCUGUCGACCGUAUUUCUUAUUACUAUCUCAUGAAAUAAAUAAAUCACUUGUCCCAGCGUUGCCUUUCGCAA